CCCCCAUCUCUCCGCCCGAAUUUUUACCAUUCACAUUCACCAUGCCUCCUCCCCACAUCAAAAAGCGCAAGGUCCUCGAGUCGCUGCAGGCCGGCCCCAAGAAGAAGUUCAGGAAGCAGCGCGCAUACCACAGCAGCUCCGAGGACUCGGGCGACGAUGAGCCCUCCGAUUUUAAGGCGGUCGACCUCGCCGACUCCGACGACGAGGAGGUCCAGGUGAAGAAGCCCAAGAAGCAGACCAAGUCCAUUGGGGAGUCGACGAAAAAGACCAAGACCAAGACCAAGCCCGCGGAAGAGGAUGUCUCCGACAACGACGACGACGACGAGGAAGCCGAUGAUGACGACUACGAGGACGAGGAUGGGGACAUCGAACUGGAUUCCGAGGCCUCCGACCUCUCCGACGACGACUCUGACACCUCUAAGCCCACCGACCGCAAAGCCGUGUCCAAGCGCAAUGACCCCACGGCCUUCUCCACCUCCAUCGCGAAGAUUCUGUCGACCAAACUUCCGACAUCCGUCCGACACGACCCCGUACUGUCGCGCAGCAAGCAGGCGGCCCAGAAGAGCACCGACGUAGCGGAGGAGAAGCUGGACCGGCAGGCGCGGGCCAAGCUGCGCGCGGAGAAGCGGGAGGAGCUGGACCGGGGUCGCAUCCGCGAUGUGAUGGGCCUCCGGCGCGGGCAGGCCGGUGCGGUGGCCGAGGAGGAGAAGCGGCUGCGCAAGAUCGCCCAGCGUGGUGUCGUCAAGCUGUUCAACGCCGUCCGCGCGGCUCAGGUCCGGGGUGAGGAGGCCGCCAAGCAGGAGCGCAAGAAGGGCACCAUCGGCAUCGGCGAGCGUGAGAAGGCCGUGAACGAGGUCAGCAAGCAGGGCUUCCUGGAUCUGAUCAGCGGCAAGAAGGGCAAGCCGCUGCAGAUCGAGGAGGCGUAAGGCCGGACGGAGGGGGGAUUUACGCGCGCGGUGUGGUGAGACAGACCUGGCAUACCUGGCGUUGGGGGGGGGUUUUCGAAAUGUUUCUUUCUUUCUUUUCGUGUUUAAGUGUUUGGAUUAAAAGUGAUAUGCUAUGUACAGGUACUUUCAUGCCAAAUGUGAAUGGAGAUCGGAAUACCCAAUAGAAAC